CAGUGCUUAGGGACCAUGCUGCGGCCUUGAGCACACACGAAGAGGACGCCCAGGAUGGAGUUGAGCUUGGAGAGCCUCGGGGGGCUGCACGGGGUGACACACGCGCAAGCCGGCGAGCUGCUGAGUCCGGGCCACGCGCGCUCCGCCGCGGCCCAACACCGAAGCCUAGUGGCAUCGGGGCGCCCAGGCCUGGUGGCCGGCAUGGCUAGCCUGCUGGACGGUGGUGGCGCCGGGGGCGGGGGCGCCGGGGGCGCGGGGGCUGCAGGGGCCGCGGGUGGUGGCCCUGACUUCCGUGGGGAGCUGGCUGGCCCCCUGCACCCGGCCAUGGGUAUGGCGUGCGAGGCCCCAGGUUUGGGUGGCACCUACACCACGCUCACGCCCUUGCAGCACCUGCCGCCGCUGGCCGCCGUGGCCGACAAGUUCCACCAGCACGCGGUGGCUGGGGCGCACGGAGGCCAUCCACACGCUCACCCUCACCCGGCCACCGCGCCGCCACCGCCCCCUCCGCAGCGCCUGGCGGCCAGCGUGAGCGGCAGCUUCACCCUCAUGCGCGACGAGCGGGCGGCGCUGGCCUCGGUGGGCCACCUCUACGGGCCUUAUGGCAAGGAGCUGCCCACUAUGGGGUCGCCACUGUCGCCGCUGCCCAGCGCGCUGCCCCCGGCUCUGCACAGCGCCCCGCAGCCGCCGCCGCCGCCGCCACCGCUCGCCGCUUACGGGGCUCCGGGCCACCUGGCCGGGGACAAACUACUGCCACCUGCCGCCUUCGAGCCACACGCGGCGCUUCUGGGGCGCGCAGAGGACGCGCUGGCCCGAGGGCUGCCUGGAGGCGGCGGCGGCGCGGGAGGCGGCGGGGCGGCCGGCGGGGCGGCCGCGGGUUUGCUGGCUCCGCUGGGCGGGCUGGCUGCGGCCGGGGCGCACGGGCCUCACUCAGGCGGCGGUGGCCCCGGAGGGGGCGGUGGCGCUGGCGGCGGCAGCGGCGGCCCGGGAGCCGGCGCCGCAGCCGAAGAGAUCAACACCAAAGAGGUGGCCCAGCGCAUCACCGCCGAGCUGAAGCGCUACAGCAUCCCGCAGGCCAUCUUCGCGCAGCGCAUCCUGUGCCGCUCGCAGGGCACGCUCUCCGACCUGCUGCGCAACCCGAAGCCCUGGAGCAAGCUCAAAUCCGGCCGUGAGACCUUCCGCAGGAUGUGGAAGUGGCUGCAGGAGCCGGAGUUCCAGCGCAUGUCGGCGCUGCGCCUGGCAGCCUGCAAGCGUAAAGAGCAGGAUCAGCAGAAGGAGAGGGCUCUGCAGCCGAAGAAGCAACGCCUCGUGUUCACAGACCUGCAGCGCCGCACGCUGAUUGCCAUCUUCAAGGAGAACAAGCGGCCGUCCAAGGAGAUGCAAGCCACCAUCUCACAGCAGCUGGGCCUGGAGCUCAACACUGUCAGCAACUUCUUCAUGAACGCCCGUCGCCGCUGCAUGAACCGCUGGGCUGAGGAGCCGGGUGCCACCCCUGGCACCGGGACAGCUACUGCCACCUUCUCCAAGGCCUGAGCCUUUCUGCACACACGCUAGCCCCAGGGAGCGAGGGGCCGUCCCUGACCCAGCCAAAGCAAGCCCUACCCCCACCCCCAGGGGACAGGGACCCCCUAGCUCCCUCCCGCUCAAUUUUGGACUCCAAAGGGACCCUGAGGGUAGAGUGGGUCAAGAAUCAAGCACAUCUUACAAACAGA